CUCACGGCUGUGCCUUCAGGUGGUUUUUUGGAGACCCGCAGAAGCGGUCGGAACGUCCGGUCUGGCUUGUUCCGGUACCAGACUAAACAGGCUGACUUUGGCCGCACCUCUUUGCACCUUGCAGCCCCUUGUCGAAGCAAAUGAUAUCUUGGCCUACCGCCAGCCUGAGAGGGACGGCUGCCCUAUGCUUUCGUGCGCGAUGCCCCGGGUUCCGCGUGGAUCCCUGGUGUGCCUCCCAGCACGGAAACCCCAGCUACGGUGCAGCUCUACCCAGGGCACUACAUGUCAGCGCGGCGGCCAACGCAGGACACAAUAAAUGGUCUAAAGUCCGGCACAUUAAGGGCCCCAAGGACAUGGAAAGGAGUCGAAUCUUCUCUAAACUCACCCUCAGUAUCCGCCUGGCUGUUAAAGAGGGAGGCCCCAAUCCUGAGAACAACAGCAACCUGGCCAACAUCUUAGAGGUGUGUCGCAGCAAGCAUAUGCCCAAGUCGACCAUUGAGUCAGCACUGAAAACAGAGAAAACCAAGGGUAUUUACUUGCUGUACGAGGGUCGAGGCCCUGGUGGCUCUUCUCUGCUCAUUGAGGCGUUAUCGAACAGUGGCCCCAAGUGCCAUUUAGACAUUAAAUAUAUCAUGAACAAGAAUGGGGGAAUGGUGGCUGAAGGAGCACGGCAUCUUUUUGACAGAAAAGGAGUAGUUGUGGUUGGAGCAGAGGACAGGCAGAAGAAAGCGGUGAACCUAGAGCGUGCCCUGGAACUGGCCAUCGAAGCAGGAGCUGAGGAUGUGACAGAAGCUGAAGAUGAAGAAGAAAAGAGCCUUUUCAAAUUUAUUUGUGAUGCUUCUUCACUGCAUCAAGUGAGGAAAAAGCUGGACGCCCUGGGCCUGUGCUCCGUGUCCUGCUCACUGGAGUUCAUCCCCAACUCAAAGGUGCAGCUGGCUGACCCUGACCUGGAGCAGGCCGUUCACCUCAUCCAGGCUCUCAACAACCACGAGGAUGUGAUUCACGUUUAUGACAAUAUUGAGUAAGCAGAUGUGUCUCCAGGCUCUUUCCUCAGCCAGCACAAGCUUCUGCAGCAAUAUAGGAGACCGAAACAGGCCUACAGGAGCCUAUUGGAGACCUGAUG